AUGAACCGACCAGCUCCAGUGGAGAUCUGUUAUGACUGUUUGAGGUUCCUCAUUACGCAUAACCCAACUAAUGCGCAACUGGGGAGGUUUAUUGAGGUAGCAUGCAUUUAUUAAUUUACACCCUUCUGUUAUUGUUUAGUUUUUUUAUCAGAAAAUCACUGUGAAAUGCUGUGUUUAAAAGUUUGUUUUGAUGUGUAGGAUCUAAAGGCAUUUGGAGUCAACACACUUGUGAGAGUGUGCACUCCUACUUACGACAAGACACCAUUGGAACAAGAAGGCAUAAAUGUCCUGGUAGGUCAUAUAGAUAGCAGGAAAAAUCCACUGAAUUGGUCAGCUUAUUUAUUAACCAACACAGAGUAAAAAUAAUAACAUUCUGAAUCUGACACUGUUAAUGUUUUUAUCAUGUAAGUUAGGAGCAUAAACUUGAUCUAAUCGUUAUCCAGAAGACCCUUAAGUGGUUUGGAUAGGACCAUUCCCUUGCAAUUGAGGGUAACACGAAAUGGAACAGUUAAAAUAAUCUGCAUGUGUUUAUAUCAUCUGUCUACCACUUGGAUAAUUAAGUGUGAAAACUUGGCUAAACAGUGUCAGAUAAAAAAGAAGAGGCGAGUUCUAAUUUGAAAGUGUCCAGCAGUUAAAAUACUAGCCAGCCCGCCUAAACAAAGAACACCAUGUAAUAAACGAUAACAUACAGUAUGCAAUAUAUAAAGCAAUAAAUAAAAGGUUUGGCAAUACACCUUUGAGUUUAACCAAAAACCCCUAAAGAAGUCACCGCUAGGGGACUGUUUUACUAACAGAAAAUCAUCUUGCACAGUUGACACUAACACGUGAGCUGUGUCUCCUCCUGAUGGAAGAUGACAGCUAUUCAGGAUUUUAUCUACACAUAAUGUGUAUUAUUAUUCACUUUAGUUGAUGAAACCUCCAAAUCUUUGUAAUUUUACACUCAGGAACAUUGUUCUGAAAUUGUUGACAUAUUUUUUCUCACAGAGAAUCUUCUUAAAGACAUCUCAGAGUGCUCUUUUUAUACCUAGUUAUGUUGUCAACCUUCAUGAUAUUACCCUAAAUUACCAGGAUGUUCCUCUAUUUCUUUUUAGUGUUAUAUAAUUUUUAAGUAUUUUUUAUGAUUGAGGUUUUGCAAUGACUCGUGCUGAUUAUGCUAUUCAAGAGAGAUGGUGACAGAAUUGCUUCCACUUGUGUGAAGAUGCUGACUCAUGCUCAGGUUUUAAUGUAUAAUGUUUUAUAGAGUGUUUUUAAAUAGUGGCGUUGACCCUCUCAAUCCAAAAUGCAACCACUGAUGCUUGGUAAUUAAGAAUAUGUCAUUAUUGGACUGACCUUUUUACUUUACUGUUAGUGAUAUGGUUCGACACAAAUAGUAGUGUAAAAGAAAUGAUAAAAACCAAUUCCAAAUGACUUCAUGAAGUUUUAUCAUUAAUAUAAGAGGCUUGGAAAUUUGAUAUGGUAUAAUUUUUGCUCUAUAUAAUUUACAAUGGCAUUAACCUAUUUAAUUUGCUGGUUAUUGAUUGAUCAGGUGGCUUGUUUUAAGAUUGGUUGACGGUAUGCAUGCAAAUUAUGCUCAUCGGAGUGUGUAUACUCUUACAGCAUGUAAUAGUAACAAAUGCAAGAACAAUUGUAACACCGUCUUUCUCUCAGGAUUGGCCAUUUGAGGAUGGUUCUGCCCCCCCAGAACAGGUGGUUGAUCAUUGGUUGAACCUACUGCAAGUAAAGUUCAGAGAGGAGCCUGGGAGCUGCGUGGCUGUGCACUGUGUAGCUGGAUUAGGACGGUCAGUAUGCAAAGUCGACCAUACAUGGUAUAGUGUAAAUCUCAUAUAACUUCUGCUACCAAGGUUUUUUGUCAAAAGUAAGUUGUGUUUGAUAUAUUUGAUUUUUUAGAUGUGGAUAUCUGUGAAAUAAGUCAAAUUUAUAUAUUUUUUUGGUGGUCAAUUAAAAGAUCAAGCCUGCCAUUCAUAAUCGACCUGUGUUUGGUUUGUUGUUAUUAAUUUUGGAUGAUUGGACAUUGCAAAGCAAAGUCUUUUUAUAGCUUAAGAUUUUACACAAUGAAAUGAUUGUGCUAAAUUCUCAACCAGUGUUGAAAAUAUGAUAUAUACUGUAUCAUCUAUUUUUAAAGAUAUUCAAAAUGUUUUAUUCUCAGCACCAGCACUGUCAGUGAAACUUAAAAUGAAAUGAAUGUAUGAACCACCACUGCAGUAAAUCUAGCCAGCUAACUGGUUUCAGUGUCUACCCUCUGCUUUAUGGCAGUAUUAAGAAACCCCCUUGCUGUGAACCAGUUAGUUUAUGGCACAAUUGUAUGCUUAUUUAAAGCACAAUUUCAAAAGACAGUUGUUGAUACUGAUAUAAUGUGACAUUCGUAUUACUUUUUUAGUGUUUGCACCGUUUGCAAAGACAGAUAGCCGUAGAACUGUUUCCCAUGGUGGUAGUUUAAAAUUUUAAUCUCUCUGUUAUUUUUCAGAGCUCCUGUGUUGGUGGCCCUGGCUCUAAUUGAGUGUGGGAUGGAAUAUGAAGAUGCUGUGCAUUUCAUUAGAUUGUAGGUACAAAAGCUGAUAGGAAGAUUGAAUUAUGAAAAUUUUGCUAUGUACCAUCCAUUUAUCUAUGUCAAAUUUUUCACACCUGUGAUCCUCUUUUAUUACUAUAUUGUUUUGAGAAUAAUGUUGAUUUUAUGUCAUCAGGAAGCGUCGAGGAGCAUUCAAUUCCAAGCAGCUACUUUACCUGGAAAACUACAAGCCUAAGUUAUGCCUGCGCUCCAAAGAUGCCAAUGGAACGAGCUGCACUAUUCAGUAAACACGCCCCACGCAUCUUCACUGCAGCCCUAUUCUAAAUGUUAAUCUUUGAUGUUCUGUGGAGACAUGAAACAUUUUGCCUAAUUUUUUGUUACACUGCAGUCCUUGACAACUUUUUUAAGCUUUCAAAGUUCUGUACUUCCAGAAUUUCCCCAAACUUAAGUUAUUAUCUUGUGAAAACAUAGAGCGUUGAUUUAAUAUUAAAACGAUCCUCCAACAGUGGAGGUAUUUCAAGUCAUUUCCUCUCCUGUGUCUGUUACCUUUCCUCCCAGUUUUGUGGUGAUGUUUCACUUAUACUAUUACAAAUGAUAGCUUAAAAAGGAAAGAGACCCCACAAAGUAAGUCACCUCCAGUCUGAUAUUUUCUGGAGGUAUCUCUCUUUUUGUGUUACAGAUGCAGCAGCUGCAGUCAGUGCUGUGCAUCUUAACAAACUAACAAAGUGAAAAACUGUGACAUUAGAUUAGUGGAAAUUAUUUUUUUUAGAUGGCAAGUAACAGUUACAUUUGGAUUCUUUUGAUAUUAAACUAUCAUGCAAUACACUGUGGUUCUGACAGAUUUGCUUAUUCUUAAAUGUUGCAGCCAAAAUGUGGCCAAGAUAUUAAAAGCUUAGAGAAGAUCAAAAUAAACAAUACUUAACUUUUUCUUCUCCAACAAGACUGAAUGUUUAGAAAUUUUUAGAAACAGUGUCCCCAGUCUUAUGCAAAUGUGAUGUGUUUUAAUGAUGCAAUCCAGAAUAGGCCCCUUGUCAGAGACAUUGCCCUACAUUCAGCUUCUCAAAGAAAUGAACUUGUGCUGGCUGUAAAUUUUUGAAAAUGGACUAUGCUUUCUUUCCGCGAGGCAAGAGGGCUAGUAUGUUAAUAUUAAUUUGUUUAAUAUAUUUUUUAGAUAAAAUAACACACUUAAAGUAGUAGUACUGUAGGCCAUCGAUCAGCAACUGUACUCUUAAUGGCUGUUCAGCUGCUGUGAUUGCAAGAUGCUGCGGUGUUUGUAUCAUUGUUUUUAUUUCUGUAGAUUCAAUUUUCAUUUUCUGUAUCUUUUUUUUAUCAGUAUAUACAUUUUAUUUAUUCAGUGAUUCUGCUGUAUUUUCUGUGAAAUGUCUUCUUGAGCAAAUCUAUUCAUGUGCUUGGACAAAUAAAGUAUUUCUUACAGUUGUGGUUGUUUGCAACAAUUCUACUGUGAUGGAUCUGACAAUUUCUUUUCUAUAAGUUAAUUUUUUAUAUUUCAGAUUCAAUUUUUCAUUAUAUUUGCAUAAAAUAGUGUGAAGUCUCAAUCUCAAUUCUCUGACCAGGACCGUUAUAUAAACUUCAUUUUUUCUUUCAGUAUUUAUAAGUUGUAAAGUUGUAUAAGUUGUAAAUAUAUAUUCUUUUCUGUCAUUAUAGGUCCUUACUGUCUCCCUUUUCAACCCAUAUGAAGACAAGCCAAUCUCCAGCCUGUUACAUGUCCUCAGGAAUAGGGAAGGAUUUGAUUUAACUAUUGAAGUUUUCUUCAGAGCUCUUGUCCUGCUUUUUCUGCCUUCUUUUGCUCAGAUCUAUUGUAUGCAGCCCUUUUCUGAAUUGGCUAACUGAACUAGGAAAUAAACAAGAUUAGUCAAACCAUCAACUACUUAAACAUAAAUUCAUGCAUAUGCAUUGGGUUUUAGAUUUUCUCCCUUUUUGUUAACAAUCAGACACUUUUUACAAAGACAAUUUGGACACUCUGCCUGCUACUCCAUUCAGUAGUUUUUGUGUACUACUAUAUCCCUUCAUUAACAAAACUUUGUAGGUCUCAUAACGAACCGACCAGCUCCAGUGGAGAUCUGUUAUGACUGUUGGAGGUUCCUCAUUACGCAUAACCCAACUAAUGCGCAACUGGGGAGGUUUAUUGAGGUAGCAUGCAUUUAUUAAUUUACACCCUUCUGUUAUUGUUUUGUUUUUUUAUCAGAAAAUCACGGUAAAAUGCUGUGUUUAAAAGUUUGUUUUGAUGUGUAGGAUCUAAAGGCAUUUGGAGUCAACACACUUGUGAGAGUGUGCACUCCUACUUACGACAAGACACCAUUGGAACAAGAAGGCAUAAAUGUCCUGGUAGGUCAUAUAGAUAGCAGGAAAAAUCCACUGAAUUGGUCAGCUUAUUUAUUAACCAACACAGAGUAAAAAUAAUAACAUUCUGAAUCUGACACUGUUAAUGUUUUUAUCAUGUAAGUUGGGAGCAUAAACUUGAUCUAAUCGUUAUCCAGAAGACCCUUAAAAGGUUUGGAUAGGACCAUUCCCUUGCAAUUGAGGGUAACACUAAAUGGAACAGUUAAAAUAAUCUGCAUGUGUUUAUAUCAUCUGUCUACCACUUGGAUAAUUAAGUGUGAAAACUUGGCUAAACAGUGUCAGAUAAAAAAGAAGAGGCGAGUUCUAAUUUGAAAGUGUCCAGCAGUUAAAAUACUAGCCAGCCCGCCUAAACAAAGAACACCAUGUAAUAAACGAUAACAUACAGUAUGCAAUAUAUAAAGCAAUAAAUAAAAAGUUUGGCAAUACACAUUUGAGUUUGACCAAAAACCCCUAAAGAAGUCACCACUAGGGGACUGUUUUACUAACAGAAAAUCAUCUUGCACAGUUGACACUAACACGUGAGCUGUGUCUCCUCCUGAUGGAAGAUGACAGCUAUUCAGGAUUUUAUCUACACAUAAUGUGUAUUAUUAUUCACUUUAGUUGAUGAAACCUCCAAAUCUUUGUAAUUUUACACUCAGGAACAUUGUUCUGAAAUUGUUGACAUAUUUUUUCUCACAGAGAAUCUUCUUAAAGACAUCUCAGAGUGCUCUUUUUAUACCUAGUUAUGUUGUCAACCUUCAUGAUAUUACCCUAAAUUACCAGGAUGUUCCUCUAUUUCUUUUUAGUGUUAUAUAAUUUUUUAAGUAUUUUUUAUGAUUGAGGUUUUGCAAUGACUCGUGCUGAUUUUGCUAUUCAAGAGAGAUGGUGACAGAAUUGCUUCCACUUGUGUGAAGAUGCUGACUCAUGCUCAGGUUUUAAUGUAUAAUGUUUUAUAGAGUGUUUUUAAAUAGUGGCAUUGACCCUCUCAAUCCAAAAUGCAACCACUGAUACUUGGUAAUUAAGAAUAUGUCAUUAUUGGACUGACCUUUUUACUUUACUGUUAGUGAUGUGGUUCGACACAAAUAGUAGUGUAAAAGAAAUGAUAAAAACCAAUUCCAAAUGACUUCAUGAAGUUUUAUCAUUAAUAUAAGAGGCUAAUAUGGUAUAAUUUUUGCUCUAUAUAAUUUACAAUGGCAUUAACCUGCUUAAUUUGCUGGUUAUUGAUUGAUCAGGUGGCUUGUUUUAAGAUUGAUUGACGGUAUGCAUGCACAUUAUGCUCAUCGGAGUGUGUAUACUCUUACAGCAUGUAAUAGUAACAAAUGCAAGAACAAUUGUAACACCGUCUUUCUCUCAGGAUUGGCCAUUUGAGGAUGGUUCUGGCCCCCCAGAACAGGUGGUUGAUGAUUGGUUGAACCUACUGCAAGUAAAGUUCAGAGAGGAGCCUGGGAGCUGCGUGGCUGUGCACUGUGUAGCUGGAUUAGGACGGUCAGUAUGCAAAGUCGACCAUACAUGGUAUAGUGUAAAUCUCAUAUAACUUCUGCUACCAAGGUUUUUUACCAAAAGUAAGUUGUGUUUGAUAUAUUUGAUUUUUUAGAGGUGGGUUUCUGUGAAAUAAGUCAAAUUUAUAUAAUUUUUGGUGGUCAAUUAAAAGAUCAAGCCUGCCAUUCAUAAUCGACCUGUGUUUGGUUUGUUGUUAUUAAUUUUGGAUGAUUGGACAUUGCAAAGCAUAGUCUUUUUAUAGCUUAAGAUUUUACACAAUGAAAUGAUUGUGCUAAAUUCUCAACCAGUGUUGAAAAUAUGAUAUAUACUGUAUCAUCUAUUUUUAAAGAUAUUCAAAAUGUUUUAUUCUCAGCACCAGCACUGUCAGUGAAACUUAAAAUGAAAUGAAUGUAUGAACCACCACUGCAGUAAAUCUAGCCAGCUAACUGGUUUCAGUGUCUACCCUCUGCUUUAUGGCAGUAUUAAGAAACCCCCUUGCUGUGAACCAGUUAGUUUAUGGCACAGUUGUAUGCUUAUUUAAAGCACAAUUUCAAAAGACAGUUGUUGAUACUGAUAUAAUGUGACAUUCGUAUUACUUUUUUAGUGUUUGCACUGUUUGCAAGGACAGAUAGCCAUAGAACUGUUUCCCAUGGUGGUAGUUUAAAAUUUUAAUCUCUCUGUUAUUUUUCAGAUCUCCUGUGUUGGUGGCCCUGGCUCUAAUUGAGUGUGGGAUGAAAUAUGAAGAUGCUGUGCAUUUCAUUAGAUUGUAGGUACAAAAGCUGAUAGGAAGAUUGAAUUGUGAAAAUUUUGCUAUGUACCAUCCAUUUAUCUAUGUCAAAUUUUUCACACCUGUGAUCCUCUUUUAUUACUAUAUUGUUUUGAGAAUAAUGUUGAUUUUAUGUCAUCAGGAAGCGUUGA